UCUCUCCAGGACAACUGCUGAUUCAUUCUUACAUAUUGGCAGGUCAGCGGAGACAUUUCGGUGCACCUGUUCUCAUCUGACACAGCUUGAAAAAUAAGAAAAAUAACAGGAAAAUGAAGCCUUUAAAAAUCACAGCAAGCCUCCUCCUGCUUCUUCAAGCGUUUCACCUGGUAUGCCUGCAAAAUUCAACUGACUCUCCGGGACGCACAAUUGAUAAGACCUGGCUCCGCAAGCUGGACUUCAGAAGUGAAAAUGUUGACUCUAGCGGAGACGGCGGAUUUGAUCAGGGAGCUGAUCAGGCAGCAGCAUUCAACAAUGGCUUGAGCAGCGGAACAACAUCUGGCUUCAUGACUGAAGAAGAGGAGAAUAUGACAAGCCAGGAUAAGAAUGCAAAUUCAAGUGAUUUCAGCACAAUCAUGUCCCAUGCAUUUGAAAAUGAAACAACUGAAGAACCAAAAUUGCCAGACGAAGCCAUCUCUCCGAGAAAUGUGACCACAGAGUCUGCAAACUCAAGCCAAACCAACAUGACGGACCCUGAAGAGGAGUUUAACUCAACUACGACAGCAGACAACACAACUAGCGCUCCAGGCCUCUCCAAUGAUAUUAACUUACAGUCCACAACGACCACGGAAAAACCUGCAACAACAACAACAACCGUAACACCUGAGGAAGAUGAAGGAUCGAGAAACCUGACAGAAAAUACCAACACAACUAUGACAACCACGGCAGCACCACAGAUGAACAGGUCAACCAGUAAAACCACAGCAGCACCGGAGCUAAAUAGGCCAACCACUAUAAUAACCACAGCAGCACCAGAGAUACAGGGGUCAACCACCAAAUCUUCAACUACAACUGAGCCACCAUCUGAAACCACACAAACAAAAUCUGAAACCACACAAACAAAGUCUGAAACCACCACCACUGCAGUUUUAGACACACCGGAUUUGGCUAACAAGAAAAUUGCAAUCGGCUCGGAUCGGGGUUCUGUGACAGACACAGAUUCAGUAGUGGAUCCUUACAGGAGUAAGAGGAGUGUGGCUUGGUUGGCUGUGCUGGGAACAGCAGCUGUGACAGCCGUCGUGGGAUUGGUGGCCUACAUCAUUCUGAAAAAGAAACAUCAGAAAGCUUUCACUCACAGAAAGCUGGUGGAGGAGUACCCUUCAGAUCCAGUCCUCAGAUUAGACAACUCUGAACCUUUGGACCUGAACUAUCGCAGUUUAGCUUACUACAACCCAGGACUCCAAGGGGACAGCAUUCAAAUGACCAAUAUUCCAGGACGACGCUGAAAUCUAAAAGGACUCCUUGGACCAACACCUAGAUGCACGCCAGAAAGAAAUUCAGAAAAUUUUGUUUUUUGGGGGAAAGAAGAAUCUGAAGUGUUGGGGAAAAAAAAAACUGUUGUUGAGUGGCGCUGGCUAAUGGGAAAAAGGUAUACAUUUACAAUAAACUAUGUUUCAGAUAAAAAUCAUGCAUUGUAAUUGCUAGCCAAAAUGAACUUUCUGCCAUUUAAGUAUGUUGCCAAAGGGAAUCAAAUGAAGGCUUUCCAAUUUUCAACACUUUAGAUUUGCUUUGAUGAAGGAUAUAAAAAGGUUGUAUGACUUUUUAGUGAGUAUUUUGAAGACAGAAUUUUUGAAGCUGAAGAAAAAAAGAUUGAGAAUUUGGCUCCUGCCAGUUUAAAAAAAGGGAGAAAAAAAGCUUGCUGUUUUCCUACUUCUUAAAUACCAGGUAACUCUGCUGAGACAUUUGAUACAAAAUUCAGAGACCUUGAUGAACAAUAAAUUUUUGUUUAUCAUUAAUCACCUGCUGUUACAGCACAACACAGGACAUUACAAGUCCUCUUUAAACUUCAAUUUGAAUUAUUUGGUAACUGGCAGUCACAGGCUGAGUUUGUGAAUUAACCUGACUAAAUAAAAUGAUUGAGUUUGUUUUCUGCACUACUGAAGGAGGCGGAGGAAAGCUGGAAGCCGUUUUGUUAUUCAUGGAAUGAUUUUAUUUCUUAAGGGGAGUUGUGUACUUAUUUUUAGCACUUUUUUAGUUCCAACAUAUUGCACUUUUCAAGUCUUCCAACCACUAGGUGUCUGAGCAGAGAUCUGAUAUAGCAUCAGCAAGGACUUUAGAGAAUUAAGUAGCAUUUACCUGCUUCAUAAAGCAACUAAUAUUAAUCCUUCUUGUUCUCUUUAUGCUUCAAAAUGGACAAGGGGGCCUGUUAAAAGAUAAGCAUCUCUUUUAAUAAUAUAUAGAUGCUGUUUUUGCCCUUUCACAAAUCACAUCUUUUUACUUUUAUACAUACCUUACAUAUAAACAAGAUAUUUGAAAAUGUUUUGAUUAGCUCCUUUCUAUUUCCUUUGCUGUUUUUUAAAACUUUGGUGUUUUACGUCAAAAUAAAUUUUUCAUCAUAGCUGUCAAGAAAAAUUACUCUCAAAAUAAAUGUUUUGGCUCCCUCUA